AAUAUUGAGUAUUUGUAAGAAGACCACUUUUGUUGAGUGUGGCAUAUGAAAAUGUCAUAUUGUGUCAUCUGCGCGAUUUAGUGGGGCAGCGCAUGGCAUGUGGAGUAUUGAAUUGGCCUUGCAAUCCCACACUCGUAAUUGGCAUUGAAGGGAGUUCUCUGAAAGUAAUACUCCACGAAGUCAGCACCGUUACUGAGUGGGCGCCCUAGCACAUCUUCAAUAGAAAUACAAUAUUGAUUCAGGGCGCCGGUCGUGUGAUUUCUUUGAUACAAGUGAGACUACCUGACCGUUAAAAGCCCUCCACUACUUAUGGGAGCAGCCCGCGUGGGUGACAACUCUGCUAUUUUAUUGCUAAUGGAGAAAGUACCCGAUAGCACCCCUUUAGUCUAAAGACACACGAUUUCUUCAACUUUUGCGGGGGUCUACACACCCGAAGUGGUGACGAUAUGGAAACAUUCAAGAACAGAGGGCGUGGAAUGCUGCAGAGGAGUCGGGUUGUGGACAGCAGAGAGGGGGAGAGUUACCCGGCGCACCGACCUGAAAGGCCCCAAGUCAAAAGAGUGUUUCACGACCCGAAGAACAAGGAAUGUUCUGAAUGGGGGAUGUACUACCCUGAAGCCAGCGGAAGUAAGCAAUCCCCCAUAGAUCUGAUCUCCAAUGACGCCAUCUAUGAUCCUUCUCUCGCGGAGAGGCCUCUCAAGUUCCACUACUCCACGUCCAGGGAGACCGAAGUCCUCAACAAUGGCUAUACACUGGUUGUCUUUCCCAGGCCCAAACAAGUGGACUCUGGUCUGAGAAUAGAAUCAAUCGGACGAAGUGUUCUGUACGGAGGUCCCCUGACAGAUACAGCGGAGUACGAUCUGUCUGAGAUUAGGUUCCACUGGGGACGGGACUGUGACAGGGGCUCUGAACAUCUGAUCAAUCACAAAGCUUUUCCUAUGGAGAUCCAAUUUGUUCACUGGAAUUCCAGACUGUACAGCAGUAUAGAGGAAGCAGUUGGCGGCAGACAUGGUAUCACCAUUGUUGCUAUGUUUGGACAGAUUGGCAGAGAACACAGUGGAUUGAGGAUUGUAGCCGAUGCCUUGGAAGAUGUUUUAUACAAGGGCCGUCAAAAGACUUUGUCAGGACCUUUUAAUACUUCGACAUUCCUGCCAGACCCAGCUUUAUGGGACUACUGGACGUAUGAAGGCUCCUUGACAACACCGCCCUGUUCUGAAAAUGUGACGUGGAUAGUAUUACGUUACCCGCUGAUGAUGUCAUUAAACCAGAUGGAAAACUUCCGGCGGCUCUGUACUUUUGUCAAGGGGGAUCAUCCACAUCCUGGAGAUGACGGUUUUAUGGCAGACAACUUCCGCCCUCCUCAGCCUUUAAACGGGAGAGUUGUUAGAGCCUCGUUUCAAAGUUAAACCUCGCAUUGAAUGAACAUUCCUACUUUCGGCCAUUUUUCAAGCUUUGUUGUGCCCUGCGUGGUUGAGAACACCUGAUAAAAAGAAGUCUGCUCUGAAGGAUGUUCUCUUCACUACGCUGUCGGGACAAGGAAGUUGUGUUUAUAAAUGAAUAGUGUGACGCUGGUAUUGUGUGGCUUGUACAACCCUGUAAAUCCAGACGUAAAGUCUAAUAACACAAAACCAAAUCUGUAGCCAGUGAUAUUUGAAUUGGUGAAGAACCAACAAAAAUUUCCGUUUGAAGACGUCAGUAUUUUAAUCCAAACUCAAAUCAUUAAAUGAAUCUUAUCUUAUAAAAUACAGACGUUACUUCCAAAAAUAAGACGAUUACGUCCUCGCUUCAUUCAUCUAGUCAUGCAUGUUUACCAAUUACCUAAAUUCUGCCAAGUCAUUGUUUUUUUCAGGCUGACUCAGGCAACCCAUUCCAUGCUCAAAUAGCAAUAGGGAAAAAGAAGCAUACAUACUAUUUCAAGUAAGAAAACACAAAAUACAAUAAUAUCAAUAACAAAUCCACAAAAAUAAUUCAAUUUCAAUUUUAAUACAUAUGGACCCCAAUAUAACAAUAUUUGCUCUUUACAUAGUGAAGGCAUAAUUAUACCUGGUAGAAUAUUCUCCCAUUACGAAUAUUGUGUAGCUUGAUGAAAGUAUUGUCUCCCUUGGGCUACUCAAGUUAUCAAGAUUAAACCGGAAGGUAAACAACGUGUUAACGUAUGGAUGGCCUUGACCCGUUUUUAUCAGGUGACAAAUGGGAACAAUCCUAAAUUUCUCAAAUCUAAUUCUCCAUCAGUGGCAUCAAAAUAAAACCACCGUGGUAACUAAUUGUACCACCUAUUGGAACUGUAGCUGUAUAUGUAUCAGCAAAGAAAGAAAAAAAAUGCUACUCGUGAUAAAGACGUAAAGAGAUAUUAGAAAGCAAUAAAUGCAUCAAAAAAUGGGGAUUAGUAUAUUUUUAUUAAGACAUAAGAUAAAAAUAAGAAAAGAUAUAAGAUAAAUUGACACAUACUGGGCUUGUAAAAUAAAAAUGUAUACCAAUAGAAAAUGACUGAAUAAUUUUUAAUACUUCGUACCACUUGCACUCAUUUAGUCUAAGGUAAUAAUCGACAAAUCACAGUACGAAUACGAAUACGAUUACAAGCACUGAUACGAGAACGAAAACGAUUACUAGCUAUUGACACGACUAUACGAGUUUUCCAAAGUUAUUAGUUUCUAAUUAUUACAAGUUAAACACAAAAAUACUUAAGUGACAAUUUUUAUUAUGGGUACGAGUUAGUUAUAACUCUUUUUUUUUUUCUAAGUUUUUCUUUCUAAGUUACACUCUCUUUCAUUUAUGAAUUUAAAUGUCUAUCAAUAUUUAUUUGUUAAUUAAUGUUGCAUAUAAAAAAAAAACAGUGUUAUUGUCAGGUACAGGACCCGAAUCGCGCAAUGUAGUGCAUAAUUUAUAUGUUACACUUUGUAACCUCUUAAAAUGCGUAGAUAAAUAAUGUAAAUAUAUAUUAACAGAUAUAUCCUGUCAUGUGAAUUUUGUAAAUGUAAAAAAAAAAAAGUGAAUGUUAAGAUUGGAACAGACAUAAUAAAGAGU